AUGAAGAAAAAUGCUUCAUCAGAGAGUUGUAGCAGUCCACCACUGGCAGCAUUUCUUAGCAACGAUGACAUUGGAGCUUCAGUUCUUCCAGCUUAUACACACUCUCUAAGGGGUACUAGACAUGGUAGUUUUACUGGUGAUGUUUGUGCAAGAGAAAGUCAGUCAUACUCCUCAUACAAAAGACCUCGGUCAUCAUCUACACAUGUGUCAGCAUCUACUUACCAGUCUUCUAUCUAUCGCAGCCGCAGUCAUGAUGAAAAUGACAGAUCGCCCAUUGCUGCUCAUAUUGAUAGUGCCAGUAGACGUGCUCGAAGUGUGUCGGAGAGAACUGGUCAAGGUGGACGAAUCUUGUCAGAAGAGCAACUCUUUUCCAGAGAAUCAUCCUCAGAAUUUGACCUAAAUUCCCCAGACCCUCACAACUCUGAUGGCACAUUAACUCCUAGAUCCACUUCUCCCUGUGCUGCUGAUUUAUCAGGGGAUCAAACAUUGCUAGCAAGUCCAGUUCUCAGUCAGAAGCCAUCUCACUUGGAACAUCAUAGUGUAAAUUCCUACCCAUCAAGAAGCAGCAGAAGAACUAGAUCCAGAGGUGAAGAAUCAUUGCAGAGAACAUCUUCUUCUCAUGGAGACAAUUCUUUAUCCAUUAUAACCCAGAGAACUGACAAUGGAGAGAUUAUCUCCAGCAAUAGCAAUGAUUCUGGUAUACAGAAAGAUUUCUGUGUCAAUUCAAGUACCGAGUCCAUUCAGACUGCUACAGUACAUUUGCGUGGAUCCCAUUCACCAUCACCUACAACAGAGCGACCCAAAUCAGACAGCACAGUUCGUUGGGCCGACUGGGUAGACCAGCCAUCACAGCCAUGGAGUGUUCAGCAUUUAGCAGAUACUAACAGACAACAUAAGCUUCCUCGAGCUACCUCAGAGACAGGAAACAUCGCCAGUGCACAGCUAACAGCAAGAGGCAUCAGAUCUGCAUCAUCCAGCGCACCCGGUAGCAGCGCCAACGACAUGAGCCGGUUGAUGCAUUCCAGGGAGUCCCUGAUGAAUCUUGUGGAGCUGAGGAGAUCCACCAGAGACGCCACGUCAGUUAAACUAGUGAAAUUACGACGGUUGUCCACACCACAGCCAAUUACUGUUCGGACUGAGAAGCCCAGAGUCAGACCAGCUAGAGCCUCUAAUGUACCUACUGUGUUGACGCAUGCACACAGCAUGCCUGAUAAUCUGGACAAGCUGACACGCAAGAAGAACUACUUCAGUCUCAUUGAUUCUGAUUCUCAAAGUAUCACCAGCCAGCAGAGUAACUGUGAUAAUUCUUCAGAUGAGUCUGAGUAUUCCAUGGACUACCAUGAUGAGAAGUCACUGAGUAGAAGGUCAUCACAUGUCAUGCUAGCUGCCAUUGAUCAGAUGCUAGUACAAGAGAAUCUGACCCUUGCUGAAGCACUUUGGGACCAUGUGACCAUGGAUCCUGAUGAACUGGCAUUCAGAGCUGGGGAUCUGAUUAAUAUCACAGAUGGGUCAGACAAACAUUGGUGGUUUGGUGAGCUGGAUGGCAGUGAAGGCUGGUUUCCUGCCACCUUCGUCAGAGUUCCUACGUGGAAUUCUGGGGUAGAACUUCCUCAGGGAUCCAUUGAGACACGACCACACGUCUGUCUUCUUCAAACUUUCAUCUCUGAAUCUCCUAGUAUUUCAUCACAGCUUGAAAAGAUGGCAGGCUAUGUCAAGCAGACAAGGAAGAGACCCGAGAUGUUUCCUAUUGAGAAAGUCACUAUCAUUUUCAGCAACAUUGAGGACAUCUACCUCUUUGCUACAGAACUGUUGGCUGAACUGGACAGAUCUGUCAUCCCUGACCAGCCUCAUCUCAGUGAACUGGGACACUGCUUUCUGGACAAAGUGAGAAAGUUUGAGAUGUACUCUGAUUACUGCAACAAUCAUUCAGCUGCCUGUGAAGAGCUGAGAGAGUUGUAUCGCAACAAGAGAUAUAGGCAUUUCUUUGAGGCUUGCAGACUUUUGCAGGAAAUGAUUGAAAUUCCACUAGAAGGGUUCUUGCUAACUCCAGUACAGAAGAUCUGCAAGUAUCAUCUUCAACUGGCAGAGCUGCUCAAGUUCACCAGCCCUGACCACCCAGACUUCCACAAAGUGCAGGCUGCCCUAGAAACCAUGAAGAAGAUUGCUAUGCUGAUUAAUGAAAGGAAGAGAAAGAUGGAGAGUGUAGAGAAGCUAGCAGCAUGGCAGCUGUUGGUUGAUGGCUGGGAGGGACCAGAUAUUCUUGAUGACAGCUCCGAACUCAUCUACUCAGGAGAGUUAAACAAAUCAACCAUGCUGGCUGGUCUCAGGAGCGCUACUUCUUCCUGUUUGACCACCAGCUUAUUUACUGUAAGAAAGAUCUGUUGA